AUAGCAUACAUGAAACCCACUUUUUCCCCCACCCCCUGUGUAAAUGAAAAUGCUUGGCUAUAUUUGGAGGGAGCUGAUGUCACAAGUGGUUUGAGCAGGGAGCUUAUAACUGUCGGAGUUGGUUCGUGUGACAGUCCGACAAACCUCAGACUGCUCCAGUGACGGACUGGGACCUGAAAAACACAACAGAAAGAAAUCCUAAUCAACAUCAUGUAUCACCUGAGGGUGCCUGUGCUUCUCCUUGCAGUGCUUGUGUUCGUGCGCUGCAUCACCGCUGCUCCAAGUCACAGGUACUUCAAUCCUAACUCAUCCUUUGAGCAGGAAAGUGCUCCUUCAGACACAGAAGGCUGGUCUCUUCCUGAGCUAAUCUCCAACCAGUUUCUUGGCCUCAUGGGCACACGGCCACAAAGGGGGCUCACAGCAAUGAAUAGCCACCACUUAGAGAAGAGGAAGUGCAACACAGCCACCUGUGUGACCCAAAGGUUAGCGGACUUCCUGGUCCGUUCUAGUAACACUAUCGGCACUGUCUACGUACCAACCAAUGUGGGAUCUUCCACCUAUGGCAAGAGGGACCUACUGCAGCCUCCCAGCUACCUGCCUCUCUAGUACCCACUGAGGAGACUCCACAGCACUCCUUGUGUUGUGAUGAUAUAACCAGUCAUCUUAUGUAAAAAUGAUUAUGUGAAUGACGUUAAUGAUGACAUUGAUGGUAAUGAUCAUAAUGAUUUUUUAUUUUAUUUUAUAAACUUUAAAAAACAGUGCCUUUGAUUUAAAUCAUUCAAAUCCAUGUAUGUUUUCUUCCAGCUUGGUUAAUGUUGUGGUUCUGUAAAUGCUGUUCCACCAUAGCAUGAUGGAAAUGUAAAAAGACAAGAAAAAAAAAUGACAGAA